AUGGUUGAUGCUGAGCUUGAUGAUAAGGCUUACUACCAUCAAGAAUCUUUUGUGGCCAUCGCACAGAUGGAAAGAUAUACAAUAGAGCAUGUUGGAGCAUGGUCCGAAUCCAAAGAAAAAUCAUUCUGGAUCAAAGUGAAGAACGUCACGGCUUUAUCUUAUAGAGUAGGGUAUUUGGCUGGUCCAUUUGCUCUUUACGUUGAUUUGAGCAACGAAGCUUUCGACCAUUCAGCGAAAUAUGAUGACGACGAAGUUGCAUAUACACCUCUAAUAAAGAGUAACUUACAAUCACAGCAGAGCUUUUAUAUGGAGGUACCGCUUCAGAAAGGGGGUGAGAACAGACGCAUUUGCUGGGUCUUAAAUAUUGUUAGCGAGGUUCUGUUUAACAAAAAGGCGCAGGUGUCUUUUGAACUGGCCCUUGGACCAACCAAGCAUAGUUUACGCUCAAAACAAUUGAGAAAAGUAAAACUGUUCAAUGAUGGGAUUCUGAAAGUUACAAGGCAUACUACACAAGAUUUAUGGGCAAUUCCCAAUAGCAUUAAAACGGUAAAGACCAAAAUUCAUUUGGUGGUUCUUACCCACGGUGUACACUCCAAUGUAACAACGGACAUGCUUUACUUGAAAGAGCAAAUUGAACGUAUGUGUAGGGCUAACUCUAAGGAACACGAAAUAUGCGUUGUAGACGGCUUUAAAGGGAACGUUGGUGAAACUGAGCGGGGAAUCAGGAAUCAGGGAAUCAAUGUUGCAAAAUACAUUGCCCAAGAAUUAUUCUCGGAAAGAGUUAAGAAGAUAUCUUUUAUCGGUCAUUCACUAGGUGGUGUUGUUCAAACUUUUGCCAUUGCAUAUCUUGCAAUCAUGUAUCCCGAUUUUUUUAACAGGGUCUCCCCUGUAAAUUUCAUUACUAUGGCAUCGCCAUUGCUUGGUAUAAGUGUGAAGGGCCGUUCCAAUUACAUAAACUACUCACUAAAUGCUGGUCUAAUGGGACAGACCGGGCUGGAUCUCAAUCUGGCUAAAGACAAUGCAAACGAUGGGGUACCGUUAUUGUAUUCUCUGUCUGGAGAUCCUGUACACAGCAUAUUACAGAGGUUUCAGAGAAGGACCAUCUACUGUAAUGCAAUUCACGAUGGGAUUGUGCCCUUAUACACGUCAUCGUUGUUAUACCUAGACUACGAGGACGUACUAGCAAAACUAUAUCGACAAACGGACCAUGCGAUCAAUAAAAACGCCAAGCAAGCUGUUAAAAAACUGCCGAAGAGCUCGGCGAUUGGGUCAAUGACCUCAAUGAUAAAUGUAAAAAGACCUAGAAAGCAGUUUAUUAUGGACCCUGAGAGUAGGACGGGUACCAUAGUGCACGAUAAACUGUAUACCCCACAAGAUAUCGAAAGGGUACGGGAGCAAUACAGAGAUACGCUAUUGAGAAAGCAUAUAGGGUCACGCAUCACAUCAGAGCGGAAUACGAGCGAGCCAAGCAUGCUCGAGACGAUGGCCAACAAUUGGCACGAAGGAAUCGAAUGGCGCAAAGUAGUGGUCGCCAUACAGAGCGGCGACGCCCACAACAACAUGGUAGUAAGGAGAGAAUUCGGAAAUGCGUACGGCUGGCCCGUGGUGGACCACCUCCUCGAGAACCACUUUGCAGCAGCCGUCACGGGCGCAGUCGUAUCUUCCGCAGUGGGGGACCACGAGACCGCAUCUGCCAGCAACCAGCCACCGCAAAAUGUGGACCCAAAUAAGCUGUACUCCUGGAUCACACGUGUCGACCGCCACUGCUCAAACGGACUCCUCCCGCACGCCAGCAACCUCCUCGAGCGGUCCUUCCGGUAG